UCCAAAAACGUUUCACCUUCCAUUUUCUCACUUUCCCCUUUUCUUUUUAUUUUCCCCUUCUUUUUUCAUUAUUAUUAUUAUUACUAUUAUUAUUAUUAUUCAGUUUUCACUUUGCAGCCGCUCAUACAGUCUCUAUUGCCUAUUCGUGUUCUUUCCCUCUCUGAUUUCUCUUCUCCCCUUCUCCUUUUCCCAAUUUACUUGAAGAAAUUUCCCACAAUUUCAGUGUUUUUGUUCGAUUUUUCAUCGACCCAGAACUUGGGGUUCCUUCAAAUUACAUUUGGAUAUGGCAGGAUGCAAGAUUUAUCUCAAGAAAAGGAAAACAGAUUGGCUUAAUUCCCUUUUGCAAAGCAAGUUUUUUGGUUCUUGUGUUCAUCAUCAAAACAAUAGGAAAAAUGAAAAGAAUGUGUUUUGUAUAGACUGUGGUAUUGCCAUCUGCAGGCAUUGCUUGAUAUCUCAUUGCGUUCAUCAGCGGUUACAGAUCUGUAAGUAUGUUUAUCAGUACGUUGUUCGCGUGCCCGACUUGCAAAAUCUCCUUGAUUGUUGCAAUAUUCAGACUUAUAAGAUAAAUGGGGAGAAGGCUGUUCAUUUGAGCCCUCGUCCGCAAUCAAAAGAUUCGAAACCAUCAACAAAAUUGAAGUUCGGAGGUACUUGUGAAGCUUGUGGGAGAUACAUACAAGACUUGCCAAACCGCUUCUGCUCGAUCGCCUGCAAAGUCUCUAUGGUUCCAGUUGAACUCAACAAUCAAAACUGUAGAUGCAUUGAUUCGGAGUCGAAUCUCAAAGGCAUUCCAUGGACGGAGAACCAUAAUCUAGAAACCAAUACAAGCGAAAUGGAAUCGUCGUCAAUAUCAGUGGCCGAAUCAACUGAAGAGAUUAAAGCAUGGCGAGUGAAGACCGUCUUGAAUCCAAAGAAGCUUUUGCAUAAAAGGAAGGGCAUUCCCCAUCGAUCCCAUCUAAAGUAAUGCCUAAAUACUAAUCUUGAAGAUCUUCAAUACCACAUUUUUUUCAUAUAUCAAAGUCCUAUAAGCAUAUAAGUAUAGAUAUAUAAUAACAUAUAUUUCACCUCUUGGUUUUUUGGCUCUAUAUUGGAUUAGUUAUGUUUUAACUUCAUUAUUUUUUCUUGCCAAUAUUUUUUGGAGAUUGUAUAGAAAAGGAGAGAUUUGCUUGUGGAAACAAUAAUCAAAUAAUCAACCCUUUUAUCUUA